AUGUCUGGAUUAGAAUUUACAGAUAGGGCCCAGAAUUCGCUUGGUGCCGCCUUCCAGUUGGCCAAGGACUAUGCGCACGCGCAGCUUGCACCUGCUCAUAUUGCCCUUGCGCUGCUUAAUGACGAUACGAGCAACUCUCAAGGAGUUCAAAGUACCAACAAAGAUUCACAGUCACUUUUCAAGAGUAUUUGUGAAAAGAUCGGUGUGAAUAUCUCGGAUCUCGAUACCAAACUUCGAGCAGCUCUCCGCAAGAUUCCUCAGCAGAGCCCAGCGCCUGAUGAUGUGAGCUUGACGGGAGCCGCCAGCAAGAUCCUGAAGAAUGCUCAGCAAUACAAGACGACUCAACGUGAUUCGUACAUUGCGCAAGAUCAUAUCCUUCUUGCAUUGCUGGAUGACAGUACUAUUAGCGCCAUGCUAAAAGAGUGCGGCAUGGCCAACCCCGACCUAAUGAAGAACGCUCUUAACCAAGCGCGUGGUGGUCGCCAUAUUGACUCCAGGACAGCGGAAGCUGGCUAUGACGCGCUUGGAAAGUACUGUACAGAUCUGACGGCCUUUGCUGCCGAAGGAAAAUUGGAUCCCGUUAUUGGACGUGACAAUGAAAUUCGUCGAGUGGUCCGUGUGCUCUCUCGUCGCACUAAAAACAAUGCCGUGCUGAUCGGAAGCCCUGGUGUCGGUAAGACUGCCGUGGUUGAAGGUUUGGCACAGCGCAUUGUGGACCGUGAUGUGCCGCCCAACCUGAUUGGCAAGAUCUAUUCGCUGGACAUGGGUGCUCUCAUGGCCGGUGCGAAGUACAAGGGUGAAUACGAAGAACGUGUCAAGGCCGUCCUGAGCGACAUUGAAAAGACGACAAACGAUGGCACGCCAUGUAUUCUUUUCAUUGAUGAAAUGCAUCUUAUGAUGGCCGGUAAGGGUGGCGACUCUGGCAUGGAUGCGGCCAACCUUCUCAAGCCAAUGCUGGCUCGUGGUAAGCUGCGCUGCAUUGGUGCUACUACGUUGAACGAAUACCGUCAAAGCAUCGAAAAGGAUGCUGCCUUGGAGCGUCGUUUCCAACAAGUGCUGGUCGAGGAGCCGACAGUGGAAGACACUAUUGCCAUUCUCCGUGGCAUUCGCGAGAAGUACGAAUUGCACCACGGUGUGCGUAUUUUGGACAGCUCGCUUGUGUCGGCCGCUCAGCUGGCGAAGCGCUACCUGACAGCGCGCAAGCUGCCUGACUCGGCGAUUGACCUUGUCGACGAGAGCUGUGCGGAUGUUACUGUUUCUCGUGAAACCGUGCCUGAGGCGAUCGACACACUGGAGCGCCGAAAGGUGCGUCUGCAAAUCGCCAUGACUGCCCUGGAGCGUGAGAAGGACCCGCAGAGCAAAGAGCAUCUCGAGGAAACACGCCGUGAGUUGGCUCACCUUGAGGAUGAACUCGCACCGCUGAAGGCCGAAUUCGAGGCGCAGCGUGCGAAAGGUGACGAGCUGAACAAUGUUCGCCGCAAGAUUGAGGAGCUGCGUGCGAAGGCUAACGAUGCUGAGCGUCGCUACGACCUGCAAACGGCCAGUGACUUGAUGUACUAUGCUAUCCCUGACUUGGAGAAGCGCGCGGAAGAGCUGCAGGAGCAGGCCCGUCGCGACGAAGCGGAGGGCAAGACUAACACGGCUAACACCGUCACACCUGAGAAUAUUGCGGCGAUUGUCAGCCGCUGGACGGGCAUCCCCGUCUCUAAGAUGAUGGAGAGCGAGCGUAUUAAGCUGCUCAAGCUGGAGAAGAUCUUGCAGCGUGAGGUGGUUGGCCAGGAUGACGCUGUCAAGGCAGUGGCACAAGCCAUUCGUCUUUCGCGCAGUGGCUUGUCAAACCAGAACCGCCCGAUCGCAAGUUUCUUGUUCUGCGGUCCAUCUGGUACGGGUAAGACGUUGAUGAGCAAGACAUUGGCAUCGUACAUGUUCGACGACCCUGACGCGAUGGUCCGCAUUGAUGCCAGUGAGUACUCGGAAAAGCACAGCAUCUCUCGUCUGAUUGGUGCGCCUCCGGGCUACGUCGGCCAUGACGAAGGUGGUGUGCUGACUGAGGCUGUGCGUCGCCGACCAUUCUCGAUUGUCUUGAUCGAUGAGAUUGAGAAGGCUGCGCGCGAGUUUGUGCAGCUCUUCCUGCAAGUGCUCGAUGAGGGACGUCUGCAGGAUAGCCAGGGUCGCCAGGUCUCGUUCCGCAACACGAUCAUUAUCAUGACGAGCAACCUUGGCUCCAGCUACAUUAAUGAGUCGAAUGAUGAGGACCUCUUGCCGGAGGUGCGUCAGCUAGUCCAGAGUGCGAUCUCAGCGCACUUCCCUCCAGAGUUCAUCAAUCGUAUUGACAGCAUUGUUACAUUCCGCAAGCUGUCACGCAGCGAUGUUCGUCGCAUUGUUGACAUCCGCCUCAAGGAGCUGCAGAAGCGUCUCAUCGACAAUGGCCGUCAAUCUCGCCUUGUAGUAGACGAAGUGGCGAAGGAUUGGCUCAGCAGUGUCGGCUACUCGCCUACGAUGGGUGCUCGACCCCUUGGACGUGCUGUGCAAGAACAGCUUUUGCACCCUCUUAGCAUGCUGCUUCUGCGUGGCCAGAUUCACAAUGAUGAUCCGGAGAUCCGUGUGACGUUCGACAAGUACCGUAAUGCCUUGGUGGUGCAAGCGAACCACGAAGCUGCGGCUACGGUAGACGAGGACGAUGUCGACAUGGAUGAGGAUGACCUUGAAGAGCCCCUGGAUUAA